AUGCAGUGCCUGGUGGGUGGGAGAUCCAAGAAGACAAAGAGAAGAAUGAGACCUAUGCCAAGAAGAGGGGAUGUGCACAGGAGGCCUUACUCCAGACCCCAGAGCCUUGACCCUGGAACUGCCCUUCCAGCGAUGCCCAUCAGAUACAACAUUGUGGCCGUGAAGCUUUACACGUACGUAUAUGUCCCUGGAUAUACUCAUUUUGCUACAAGCAUCGAUAUGGCACUGACUCUCGGUCCCUCACUUGACGUGAGGGUAGAAACCAGUGAGCAAUUAAGCUCUCAACUGGCAAAGAGCCAACGAGAAUCAAAAGAACUGAAGGAGAAGCUUCUUAGAGCUGAGGCUAAGGCCUACCUCCUGGCAAAGCACCUGCGGGACCACAAUUGUGAAGAGUAUGAAGAUCUAAUUGAAUCAAUGCUGAGGGAGAAGCCGCACUUCCUGGAGGGGCAGCUGGCAGAGGAGCUGCUACCUGCGGAGAAUCUCAAGAAAUGUGGUGUUCAAAUUCAAGAGCAGGCCCAAGAGCUGACCCAAUUACAGCAGAAGUUACAGGAAGGGAGAGCUCUUUCUCAGCUCAUUCAUCAAAAUCUCCAGGCCCUCCUCACCCAGCAGGACCCUGACAGCUGCCAGAGCCGGCAACUACUCACUGAGCUGCUCAAGCUGACAGAGCACCUUGUUGCCAAACUCAGCACAGUCAACCAGACAUCUGGGAACCAGGAGGAGCCUUACGUGGACUCUCCCCAUACCAGCAGGCCAAGUCUCAGGCUGGCCCAGCUGGAGCUUCUCAAUGGCCUGCCUAAACCCAGAGUGGGACCCUGGUGGCCCUGUCCUAUGGACAACAUUGUGGAGAUGGCUUACGAUGAGAUCUGUGCCAGUGUCUGGAACCUCCAACAAGAAGAAUGCUUCUUCAGGGAAGCUGGCCUUGGCAUCGGCCCGACGGCUCUGGAUCGGGAGCGGCCUUCCCUAGGUCCUGCCCUGCCCAGCGGGCCCGAACUCGAGCUGCCCCGGCUGGGGCAGUUCCCUGUCCCAUGUGCAGCCAUCGCGGGACCCCGUUGGCCGUGUCCUGCGGCCGGGCAUGUGGCCGUGGCUAACCUCCAGGUCUGUGACAGCGCCAGGGGCCUCCGGCGGGAGGAAUGCCACAUCUUCCAGACCAUAGACAUGUUCAUCGGCCCGACGGCUCUGGAUCGGGAGCGGCCUUCCCUAGGUCCUGCCCUGCCCAGCGGGCCCGAACUCGAGCUGCCCCGGCUGGGGCAGUUCCCUGUCCCAUGUGCAGCCAUCGCGGGACCCCGUUGGCCGUGUCCUGCGGCCAGGCACGUGGCCGUGGCGUACCUCCAGGUCUGUGACAGUGCCUGGGGCCUCCGGCGGGAGGAAUGCCACAUCUUCCAGACCAUAGACAUGUUCGUGUACCAGAUGUACGAAGAGAAGGUAGCAGGUUAUCUUGGUCCUAACAAACCCAAGGUCUGUCUGAAGCUGCCCAAACCAGAACAGCCUGAGUUCCUGCUCAGCCCAGUGGCAUGUCCAUAUCCAUCUUUAACCAUGCCAUCACUUGUGGAUUGCACCUGCCGCACUGCUGGCAGUGACUGGGGUCGUGUGCAGGUGCCACACUUCUGCCUGUUUGUUUCUGCUAGUGGCACAUUGAAGGCUUGUCCUCAGAAACACUUGAAUGGAAUACUAGGUUGUCACCUGUCGAAGGUGCCAGUCUCACAUGCAGAGUUGUGGGUGAGACUACAGGGAUACACCUGUCCUCAAGUCCCAGUGGAUCCGCAAUUAGCCUCUGGUAGCAAUGAGGCCAGGCGUAGUGAUUCCUCCAGCACCUGCAGCUUUGCAGAAAACAUCGAUUCAAGAAACCAGUUGUUGCUCCACAAAGAUAUCAGGAACUGCUGGAGCUACAGGGACCUGCACUGGCUACAAUGAAAGGGUGCAAGUAAAAGUAGCUUUCCUCAUUAAUGAGCAACAUCUUGAUAGAAAAUCCAGUCAUGUCCUACCCUAUCCACUCAAGAUUUGUUCUCCAUCAGGAUGGAAGACAUUGUUUCAGUCUCAUAUUAUUGUUACCACCUAAGGACACCUAGGCCUGAGACCUUAACUUGGGCACCUCUCAAUUCUCACCACAUAACCAACACGGCAACAUCCAGGAGUGAGUAACACGCUAAGUCAGACAAGUGUUGCCUCCAGCUAGAAGCAGAGUUUUUGCUGUUCAGCCUGAAUUGAAUGAAGAAGCAUUUGUCAGACAACUACAGAAUGCUGAGCAUUGACCAACGGAUGUGGCUUUGACAGAAAUUUUCACUGACAACAAAAAGAAGCGGUAUUUUUUGCUUAAGGCUUAAGAGUACGUUACUGUAUUCCUUUAGUCCUGUGGAAACAAAAGCAUCUCCUCGCCUUGUUGUCACUGACAAUGGUGACAUUACCUUGUUUUGGAGGGCAUGUUAGUUUCUGGUCUCAGGAAUUUGACAAUUUCCUCAUGAUUCGCUUGGCCCUAAACAUUACUCCCAAACAGUACUCCCUGUUACUUCACAUCUGGAGGCAAAGCAUGGACAGUUUGUCCAUCAACAUUACGGUCACACUAGGAUUGGAUAUCAAGUUACAGUCAUUUUGAUAUGUAUCCAAAAGAUACUUUACUCUUAUAUUAUCAAGAACCGUAGAGACUGGCAAUUGAAGAAUGUAUAGAUACUCUAUUCUCUAUUGAUCUUUCUGCAGAGAUUUUGCCACCAAUUACUCAUCUCUGCCUGGAUUGGUUCUUAUAUUCAUUUGUGUACAUUGGAAAUCUUCUAUUUUAUUAUUUCUAUAUACUAAUAUUUAUUGAAUUUCUGUAGUAUAAAUGAACAUCCCUUCUAUUAUUCCAUACCAAUAAAUAUUUUGUUUUGUUUGCUA